AUGGCUGGUUUCACCGUUAUGGCAGUUUAUAUGAUCAAUUUAAUUGCAAACAGAAACAUAUUCAGUGAACCAAUGUGCUAUUUUACUGCAUUACUGAAAACUUGUAUGACGUUAUUCUCGCUUUAUUCCUUAGCACUUCUAUGCAUUGAACGUUUGUUUAUGCUCAAAUUUCCAGUAAAACAUCGUAAAAUGUUUUCAUCAGUACGGCCAUUUAUCCUCAUUGUAAUCGUUUUAUCUCUGAGUAUACCGUCUUUAGCGGUGAGCACCUUCGAAGUCGUUUACUUCCCCAAGCAACAUUUAUGCUGGUUUAAUCUGGAAGAACUUUCUUUUGUGUCGGUAUUUUUAAUCCUUAUCUUCGCUGUUCCUGCUUUGGCUUUGGUAUUGAGCUCACUAGUUAUUAUCAAGACAAUAAAACACCCGAAGCACGUUGGAACUAAACUGGUUGUUCCUGGUGGUGAAUCUGACAAUACACAAGGUAAUAAAUCAACGCCCAGUAGAUGUUUAAAGUCUAAGAAGAACCUCCGUACAUAUUUCAUGGUAGUACUAAUGGUGUUGACAUUCCUAUUCUGUCAUAUCCCAAACAUGAUAACAUUUUUCUGUGAGCUUUCUAAUCAUUGUCAGAUCUCUGAAAGACUGACUGUUGGUGCAAAGUUUCUGCAUUUCUCCAAAAGUUUCCUGAAUACUGUAAUUUAUGGACUGCUCAACAAAGAAGUUCGCGAGAAUCUUUAUGUUCUCUUAAGAAGAAAAUUGCUAAAGUAA